AUGGUGACAAAAUUCUACCAGCACAUCCUCGCCUUGGCAUUUGCUGUGAACGAAAUCAACGAGAAUCCUAAGAUCCUACCUAAUGUCACACUUGGAUUCCACAUCUAUGACAGCUACUAUGAUGCAAGGAUGACUUAUCAUACCACUUUGGAGGUGCUCUUCAAAUCACAUAGAUUUGUCCCCAAUUACCAGUGUGACAGACAGAAAAACCUCAUGGCUAUCAUUGGCGGACUUGGCUCUGAUACCUCUAACCUCAUGGCAGAUAUUAUAGGUUUCUAUAAGGUUCCGCAGCUCCAUCACUUUCUUCCCAAGAUUUCAUUUAACAACUCAGCUGGGGAAACCAUUUCCUUUAAUGACAAAUGGGAAAUGGGAGGCGGCUUUGACAUCAUAAACAUGGUCAUAUCUCCAAAUAACUCUUUCCAGAGGGUGAAAGUUGGUUGGAUUGAGCCAGAUGUUCCUGAAGGAAAAGAACUCAUCAUUCAUGAAGAUACAAUUGUUUGGCAAAGUGGUUUCAACCAGGUGAUGCCCAUUUCUUUGUGCAAUGACUACUGCCACCCUGGUAACCAGAAGAAAAGGAAGGAAGGGGAGAAAUUUUGCUGCUAUGAUUGUACUCCAUGUCCAGAGAGGAAGAUUUCCAAUCAGCUGGAUAUGGAUGACUGUUUCACAUGCCCAGAAGAUCAAUUUCCAAGUAAGGAGAAAGAUGAAUGUUUGCCUAAAGUUAUAACCUUUCUUUCUUAUAAAGAACCUUUAGGAAUCACUUUAGCCUUCACUGCUGUUUUUCUUUCCAUUCAUGCAGUCUUGGUGUUAACAAUUUUCAUUAAGCACAGGGAUACACCCAUUGUCAAAGCCAACAACCGAGGCCUCACCUAUACCCUCCUCAUUUCCCUCCUGCUCUGCUUCCUAUCUUCCUUCCUAUUUCUUGGCAAACCUGGGAAAGUGACCUGCCUUCUCCGACAAACAGUGUUUGGCAUCAUCUUCUCAGUGGCUGUUUCUUGUGUAUUGGCCAAAACCACCACUGUAGUGAUAGCUUUCAUGGCCACAAAGCCAGGAUCCAGCAUGAGGAAGUGGAUGGGGAAAAGACAGGGACAGUCUGUUGUCCUUUCCUGCUCACUUAUUCAAGCAAGUAUUUGUACCUUGUGGUUGGCAACCUCUCCCCCAUUCCCUGAUUUAGACAUGCACUCAGUAACUGGAGAAAUCAUUGUGCAAUGUAAUGAAGGGUCAGUUGCCAUGUUUUAUUGUGUCUUGGGUUACAUGGGCUUGUUGGCCAUUUCCAGCUUCACUGUGGCAUUCCUAGCACGCAAGUUACCAGAUAGUUUUAAUGAAGCCAAGUUCAUUACAUUCAGCAUGUUGGUCUUUUGCAGUGUGUGGUUGUCCUUUGUUCCAACCUACCUGAGCACAAGAGGGAAAGACAUGGUAGCUGUGGAGAUCUUCUCCAUCUUAGCUUCCAGUGCUGGGUUACUGGGUUGCAUUUUUGCCCCUAAGUGCUACAUCAUUUUGUUCAGGCCCCAGCUGAACAACAGAGAACAACUAAUAAGAAAAAAAGUUUAA